AUGAUACAGAAUUCAGGAGCUGAUGAAUUGACAGGUGUCACGCUGAAGGACCGUCUUGAAUAUGCAUUGCUGCCAAACGGAAUCCGUCAGCAAGAGCAGUUUCUCCCCUCCAGUUGCCUUGAGUCAAUUUGUACCGAGGUAUCUGUUUUCACUGAGCUUUCUGGGUGCUUCGGCAAGGAAGAGGCUAAGCAAGCAACAUCGUAUAUAUGCGACCGAAGGAGGCCUGCCAAAAAGAUACUUGCUAUCUUAGCACUCAUAAAUCGCAUCGAGUUGAUCAGGCCCUUCCAAAAUGCGACAUUCUGUGACCAAGACUUACCACUCACAACGAAUAUUGAAGAGUCGGAAGUGCGAUCUCGCUGGGUAGACGAUCAGCGGUCCGUCCUGCUUACCAGAAGCCUCCGAGACAUCAAGGCGAUACGCGACUUUAACCUCAAGCAGUGGUGCGUGAACAUCCCCUUUUUGGAGAGGGACGUCGGUCACGUGUCUGGGGAUGGGGAUCUGGUGCUUCAUUCGGAUACCAUUAUGCCGUGGGAAUCUGCUGGGCAUGGCAUCGUCACUGGAGGGUAUGGAUAUGUCCAAAAGGUCAAGAUUCACAAAGACCAUCAUUCUUUCGUAGCAAACGAAAAAACUCGAGAUGUUUUCAAGCAGGAAAUGGCCGCUUUUCGCAAGGUUCGUCCCGGUCCAAAUCUGCUGGAGCUGGUUUCUGCAUUCGAGAUAUCGGGAAAAGACCAGUUCAUGCUUUUAUUCCCCUGGGCUGAAGGGGGCAGCAUGGAGGACAUGAUAAAUUGGCCGUCAAAGGAUCUCUUCAGAGGCCAGCAGCAAUCGCCAAAAAACUUUGUUCAAUGGAUCAUAUCCCAAUGUCGUGGCUUGGUCGAAGCUCUGGGGGAAAUCCAUCAAGUCAGUAUCGUUGCCAGGAUGGACGACGGAACCUCCAGUGGCCAAGACAGAAGCUUUGGGAUACACCUUGAUAUCAAACCAGCCAACAUUCUAUACUUUUCUCAAGAAACAGCCAACCAUCCACUCGGAGUUCUCAAGAUUGCGGACUUUGGCCUCACUAGAUGCUCGCAAGAAUACCGUUCACCUGAACAUGACAUCGGUUACAUUAUUUCCAGGAAAGUAGACAUAUGGGCAUUUGGCUGCGUCUUCUCUGAGCUCUUCACCUGGGUGCUUCUCGAACACAAAGGACGUGAAGACUUUCGUCAAUUGAGAAAGCAAGAUGCCUUGUUUUCAGGAGACUGGAACUACGUCCAGAGUGGCGAAAACGACAUCGAGGAUAACUUUUUCCAGAGACAUAUCGAGCUGAAGCGGACCAAGAAUUUCCAUCGGCUAUCAAGAGGUCAUCCGAAGAUUGGAUACGUCAAGCGAACCCGAGCUGCAAGAAAAGAGAAAGCAAGAUUGGAUCAAGCAAAUUCCUCCGCCGGCUCCAAACAGUUCGAGCAGAUACCAAGGCUCAAGCCCAGCGUAUCACAGUGGAUUGCAAAGCUCGUCAAUCAGAUACGCUAUAAGAACGGGCCGACUUUCCUUGGAGAGCUCCUCGAGUUCAUCGAGAAGGAGAUGUUGCAUCCAGAUAGGAUAUAUGUUAUGGUAUCGGGAGAUUGGAGUAUAGAUUUGUAA